AAAGACACCAAAUCUCUCUGUAUCUUUCACUAUCCUUCCUUGACCUAGGGUGCUUCUCAACCCUCACUGUUUCUACUUGCUCCUUAUCUCCUCUCUCUUUUUGUCUCCUCACACCACAAGACACAUUGUUCAUUGAUCAAACCAAUCAUGUACUAUCUCCCCACUUCUUUUCUGGUUUUGUUCUUCCUCUUCUCCUUAUUUCACCAUAUUCCUUGUGCUUCAAGUAAACAAAAACUUGGGUGGUGCGAAUCUCAGUUUCAAUGUGGAAACAUCACCGCCGGUUUCCCUUUCUGGGGAGGGAAUCGUCCCGAAGUUUGCGGUCAUCCAUUGCUGGAGCUUCGCUGCCUUGACAACAUCACCUCGAUAACCAUCUCAGACCAUUUGUACCACGUUCUUAGUAUAAAUCAUACAUAUAACACUCUUAGAAUUGCCAGAACAGACUUUUUACAGUCCAUUUGUCUCUCUCCAUUCCCAUUCGUCAACACGACUUUGCCACCAGAAAUAUUCGAUAUUUUGCCAACCUACAAGAGCGUCACACUCUACCGUUGCUACCCUGUUCUUCCUGACCUUGCAAGGUACGGAUGUCCUGCGAUAGGUUCGGUCUCAGUGUCUGACAACCUUGAAAAUCCUAUUAGCUGCGAAGCACGUUUCGCUGUGAACGUUCCCACGAGUUUCGUUACAAAGGAGAAAAAGUUGAAUAUAACCAAUUUGGUAAGUGAUGUAAGAAAUGGAUUUGAGGUGAAGUUGAAAAUCGAUGAGAAUUCGUGUCAAGAAUGUUCAUCCUCUCAUAAAUAUUGCGGCUUCACAGGAACCUUACCAUUAGAAACUAAAUGCCGGCCACUCCAUCGACCAACUCGCUUUUCUUCUGAAGCAAAAAUAGCUACAAUAGCAGGUGUUUUUCUUCUUCCAUUCUUGGUCUUAACAUUGGUUGUCCAAAUUCUCCGAAAGAGAAAAAAGAGAAAAACUUCACAUGAUCUGGGCCAACACGAGCUCAAGAAACGUAUUCCACAACCAAGACUCAAAGCACUUAUUCCACUGAAGCAGUAUAGCUACGAACAAGUGAAGAGAAUGACAAACUCAUUCGCGGAAGUGGUCGGGCGAGGCGGAUUCGGAACUGUCUAUAGAGGAACCCUUUCUGAUGGCCGUAUGGUUGCAGUGAAGGUCUUGAAAGACUUAAAGGGUAAUAAUGGUGAAGACUUCAUCAAUGAAGUUGCAAGCAUGAGCCAAACUUCUCAUGUCAACAUUGUUACCUUGUUAGGAUUUUGUUCCGAAGGUUAUAAGAGAGCAAUUAUUUACGAAUUUAUGGAAAAUGGGUCUCUUGAUAAGUUCAUCUCAAGCAAGAAGUCAACAAAUAUGGACUGGAUGGAACUAUAUGGGAUCGCAUUAGGCGUUGCUCGUGGUCUAGAGUACUUACACCAUGGCUGCAGAACAAGAAUUGUACAUUUCGACAUAAAACCACAGAAUGUACUCUUAGAUGACAAUCUUUCCCCGAAAGUUUCAGACUUUGGCCUUGCUAAGCUAUGCGAGAGGAAAGAAAGUAUCUUGUCACUACUGGACACAAGAGGAACGAUAGGGUACAUUGCACCUGAAGUGUUUUCAAGAGUGUACGGUAGAGUCUCCCACAAGUCAGAUGUGUAUAGCUAUGGAAUGUUGAUUCUCGAUAUAAUAGGAGCUAGGAACAAAACAUCAACCGAAGGAACUACAUCUAGCACAAGUUCAAUGUACUUUCCCGAAUGGAUAUAUAAGGAUCUUGAGAAGGGAGACAAUGGAAGGCUUAUCGAGAAUAGAAUAAGUAGCGAAGAAGAUGAGAUAGCAAAGAAGAUGACGUUGGUAGGUUUGUGGUGUAUUCAGCCUUGGCCAUCAGAUCGGCCAGCGAUGAACAGAGUGGUAGAGAUGAUGGAAGGAAACCUGGAUGCUCUUGAAGUGCCUCCUAGACCUGUUUUGGAAUGUUCCGUAGUGCCUCAUCUUGAUUCUUCCUGGAUUUCAGAGGAAAAUUCAAUCUCCUCCGAGAUAUGAUUUUCUCCAUAAACUGCAUAUCGCAAGCUUUUAGUUUAUGAGUAAAUCUCUGUGGUUUAAAUGUGAA